AUGAAACCCCCCUCAGGGCCAGAGGAGGCCCGGCAGCCAGCCUCGGACAUCCGUGUGUUCGCCAGCAGCUGUACACUGCACGGUUUGGGCCAUGUCUUUGGCCCGGGUGGCCUGACCCUGCGCCGGGGGCUGUGGGCUGCAGCUGUGCUCCUGUCGGUGGCUGCCUUCCUCUACCAGGUGGCCGGGAGGGUGAGCUACUACAGGGAGUUCCACCACCAGACCACCAUGGACGAGCGGGAAAGCCAUGAGCUCACCUUCCCAGCCAUUACCCUGUGCAACCUCAACCCGCUGCGCCGCUCACACCUCACUCCCAAUGACCUGCACUGGGCCGGGCCCGCGCUGCUGGGCCUGGACCCCCCAGAGCACGCUGCCUUCCUACGUGCCCUGGGCCGCCCCCCUGCUCCGCCCGGCUUCAUGCCCAGUCCCACCUUCGACAUGACACAACUCUACACCCGCGCUGGGCACUCCCUGGAUGAUAUGCUGCUGGACUGCCGCUACCGCGGCCAACUGUGUGGACCUGAGAACUUCACCGCGGUCUUCACCCGGAUGGGGCAGUGCUACAUGUUUAACUCUGGUGCCAACGGGGCAGAGCUGCUCACCAUUACCAAAGGUGGUGCUGGCAAUGGGCUGGAGAUCAUGAUGGAUGUGCAGCAGGAAGAGUAUCUGCCUGUGUGGAAGGACACGGGGAAUACCCCAUUUGAGGUGGGGAUCCGAGUGCAGAUCCACAACCAGGAAGAGCCGCCCAUCAUUGACCAGCUGGGCUUCGGGGUGGCCCCCGGCUACCAAACUUUUGUGUCCUGCCAGAAGCAGCAACUGAGUUUCCUGCCACCGCCCUGGGGUGACUGCAGUUCCGUGUCUCUGGACCCCGAUUUUGACCCGGAGCCCUCCGAUCCCCUGGGUCCCCCCAGCCCCAGCUCCAGCUCCAGCCCCCCCUAUAGCCUAAUGGGUUGUCGUCUGGCCUGCGAGACCCGCUACGUGGCUCGGAAGUGUGGCUGUCGAAUGAUGCAUAUGCCUGGCAGCGCGCCCGUGUGCAGCCCCCAGCAGUACAAGGACUGUGCCAAUCCAACCCUGGACGCAAUGCUCCGGAAAGACGUGUGCGCCUGCCCCAACCCCUGCGCCAGCACGCGCUACGCCAAGGAGCUCUCCAUGGUGCAGAUCCCGAGCCGCGCCGCCGCCCGCUACCUGGCCCGGAAGUUCAACCACAGCGAGGCCUACAUCAGGGAGAAUGUGCUGGUCCUGGACAUCUUCUUUGAGGCCCUGAACUAUGAGACAGUGGAGCAGAAGAAGGCCUAUGAGGUGUCUGAGCUGCUCGGUGACAUUGGGGGCCAGAUGGGGCUGUUCAUUGGGGCCAGCCUACUUACUAUCCUUGAGAUCCUAGACUACCUCUCUGAGGUGUUCCUAGACAGGGUCCUGGGAUAUUUCUGGAACCGAAGGCGAUCCCAAAGGCACUCCAGCACCAAUCUGCUUCAGGAAGGGCUGGGCAGCCAUCGAACCCAAGUUUCCCACCUCAGCUUGGGCCCCAGCACUGCGGUCUGUCCCACAAGGCCUCCCACCCCUCCGUGUGCUGUCACCAAGACUCUCUCUGCCUCCCACCGCACCUGCUACCUUGUCACACGGCUCUAGACCUGCUGCCUGUGUCUUCAAGGCCAUGCCUUGACACCCUGGACAUGCCAAGUCUGCACAUGGCUUUGCCACCUUCACCCCAAAUAAAGUUCUAAUGCAUCA